CCAGCGUUUAAUCGUGUCUAGCUUAACUUUCCAUGGUGAGAUGGCCGUGGAGUCUCUGCUGAAUCCUGUGAAGUCGAAACGGGCUUUGUGGACAGACAGCAGGAGGCGAGAAAACCCGCCGCAGUCCGCUCCGACCUCCAUUUUAAAAAAGUAAUAACGAUGAGCAGCCUGAAUCCUGGAAACCCCGAAAACUGCUGAACAUCCAAUCAACACUACUGAAUACUGGAGACUAGCCCUGGAUAGGUUAGUGUUGUAGCUGUGUGGCCGGGCAGCCUGACUGCCUACCAGCCUCCAGAUGAAUGAAGAGCACUCCGGGACUCAGAGACACAGCUGAUGCAGGGCAUGUAGGUGUUUCUGCAAAUAUGAUGAAGAAAAAGAACACUCAUAAGAAACAUAAGAGCAGUCUGGGUCCAACCACCAAAGUUCUGUCGCAGCCACGACGCAACCUCGUCGGCUGCAGGAUCCAGCACGUCUGGAAGGAAGGAGGAGGACAUGUGAUCUGGAAAGGGACCGUGCUCGACCAGGUGCCAGUGAACCCGUCUCUCUAUCUGAUAAAGUAUGAUGGUUUUGACUGCGUUUAUGGUCUGGAGCUUCAUAAAGACGAGAGGGUUCAGGGGCUGGAGGUGCUCCCUGACAGACUGGCUAAAUCCCGUCUAACAGACGUCAACCUAGCGGACACCAUGAUAGGAAAAGCGGUGGAGCACAUGUUUGAGACAGAGGAGGGUCCGAAGGAGGAGUGGAGAGGGAUGGUGCUGGCCCGGGCUCCUAUCAUGACCACCUGGUUCUACAUAACCUACGAGAAAGACCCUGUCCUCUACAUGUACCAGCUGCUGGACGACUACAAGGAGGGAGACCUCCGCAUCAUGCCUGACUCCAAUGACAGCGUCCCGGCGGAGAGGGAACCUGGCGAGGUAGUGGACAGCCUGGUGGGUAAACAGGUCGAGUACGCCAAAGAGGACGGCGGCAAACGAACGGGCAUGGUAAUCCACCAGGUGGAGGCCAAGCCCUCCGUCUACUUCAUCAAAUUUGACGAUGACUUCCUCAUUUACGUCUACGACCUGGUCAAAACUUCAUAAGACUCUGCAGACGUCCUGAGCCCCUCUCUUGACUUGACAGAAACAAAAAUGCAGCACAUUUCGAAACACCUGAAGCAUUCGAUCAAACACUUGUUCCUUCUACCAUCAAAUACAAAAACAAAAGACUCGAGAAAAGAAUUCUUACAGUGGAAAAGGACAGGAUAGAUGCUUUUUGAAAAUCGGCUUGUUCCUGCGUCUGGAAACAUUUAAGACGGAUUAAAAUUCAGCUUGGUGGCUUUGAAGACUCAUCUAUGACUUUCUGAGACCCUUAAAAUAGAAAAAAAGGGUCCUGGUUUUAAGUUACUCCUACAAGGGCCGGAAAAUUUUGAAUACCCCUUAAUACCUUUCUGAAAAAAAUCAGAGGUCUCCAAAAAUUCAGUCUUACUUUAGAAAGCAAACUAAACGUUUAAAUCAAUUUCAGUGUUUGAAUUCAUCCAGUGGGCUGGUUGCAGGGGACAUUUUUGGUCUUGGUGAUAUGGCAUAGCUAAUUCGAGAUUACCCCCUAGUGAUCAUAUCAUGGGAAAGUCUGAUAGUAGCCGACUCUGUGCUAAACAACAAGGAAACAAGAUAAGGACAGGUGGUCAGGUGGAGUUGGCAGUGUGGCAACUAGAAGUCUUCAUUUGGAUACGUGACUUACAAAUCACAUAGUUUGGCUUAAUAUUUCAAAGGUUUGACUAAGUAAGCCAAAAUAUUUUACUAGGUAUAAUUAUGAUUAAUAAAAUCAUCAUUUUGAUUUAGUGAAUCUAAUAAUUUUGACUUUUGCAUUUUACUUCUGUCAUAGACUUUGAAAGUCUCAUAAUUCCACUCUAGUAUGUCAAAAUCUUUACUUCUUUUUGAAUUAAAUAAUUACCUUGAUUUAUAAGUUCGUAAUUCUUUACCAAAAAGAUUAUAGUGUUUAUUAUGCCUAAGGGCAUCCCUUUUUCUCUUUUUCUGGCUGAAAUGGUCCUCCAUAUAAUUGAGAUCCAUAAGACAGGAAAAAAGAAACUGGUCCCAGUCUAACCUAAACGUUGGACUUUAGAGACUUUCUGAAGGAAAAAACAGUAAAAUAACAUAACAUGGUAACCAGCAUAACAAUGCUAACCCACACAUAAAUAAGUAAAGGAACAGGUGGGAACCUAAAAAACAGGUUGUUUUUGUCACACUUAAGAAGGCACUUUGGAAAUAUCCCAAAACUGGUGGCCCUUUUGUUUGGAAUGAAGGUUAACUGAAGUGGGAUUUCUGUUCCGUUUGUUGUACAAAACAAAACAGAUUUCUUCAUCGUAAAUUGUGCUACUUACACAGGCUCCAUUUCAUCAACUUCAACUGAAUAUUAAUGAGGAGGGCAACAAACUGAUCUUUAAAAAAGCUUUUUCUUUUCUUUUUGCUUUUAUCAUUGCCGGAACCCGUCCUGUUGUGAAGUUGUUUGAUGUUGAAGACAAUCGGACAGCUUUUCCCUGUGAUUUCACUAAAGCCUUUGGAUUUGCUCUCGUGUUGUCUUUUCUAAGUCAUCAAUGAAGGAUAAGAAUGACUUAGCUGAAACUUGGCCAAAGCCCUUGGUGGCCUUGGCAGUUUGUUUGUAACAAGGUUAUUAACAUUAACACAAACACCUGGAAUUGCAAUUUCUUGAGUGGUUCUUCCUCCAUUUGAACUUCUUGUGGAUGUGAUGGAUUCUAAAUGUCACAAUCUGUUGAUUUAAGGAGCGGAUAACAUGGUUUAAUGCACCUUAAAUCCUGGGAGGAGAAGAUAAGAAUACUCCCUGGACAGUUCAUGAGUAUGUUGGACUUUAGAAGAAAAACAAAUACACAGAUGUUUUUUUUUUGUUUUUUUUCAGUUUCGAAGGCAUCAGUGAGAAUUUUGAAGAUGUUAAGAAUUUGGAGCCUGAACAGUUUACUUCCAUGUCUGGGUUGAUAAAUGUAUUACUGUAACAAAUGUAAUCCCAGUUUGUUUAUACACACAAACCAAAAUAUUUUUGGGUCCUCAUGAUGUGAUCCAAUGCUUUCAUGGCUGACUGAAGAAACCAGAGGGGACACAGUCAGUUGUGUUUAGUAUGUAAAGAGAUUAACAACCAGAGAAGGUUUAAAUAUCCUUUUUCACAAAUGUACAUUUUAUUUUAUUUGGAUAUACUCGAGACCGAAGGUUUGCCAUAAAAGUGUGUUCUGGACUGAAAAUGUAGUUUUGGGCAAAAUUACAAAAUAAGCAAAAUGUGCUAUGUGAAUGAGGGUUAGAGUUGAGCUGUUUAUACUGGUAAUUGACAGAUAUCCCAAAUAAAUUUGCUACUUUCAGCCAGCUACAAUUUAAGAAUACAAAGAUAUCCUUAAAGAAAGAGAGCUUGUUGGUUCCUUUAAGGUACAAUGUGUAAGUAUUGAGACUCGUCUCCACCUGUCCAAUUCAUACUCCCCAAAAAAUAGGGGGCAGCAUAUCACAUAUCAGGUAAUAACUGCUGCUAACUGAGCUCAGUGAGCUGUGCAGCUAAUUUAGCAGUGGUAUAGUCCUGAAUGGGCACCAGAACCGGAAACAGCUAACUCUGUGAAUUAAGGGGUUAUUUUCACCAAACCAGACUUGGUGACAGUGGAAAGACUAACCAAGACGAGUUUUAAUUUGUUUCUGUCGAGUUUGAAUGAGAGAAACUUGAAUUCAGAAGGUGUAUAGUUGUAUUGUUUCUGUUUGCUAAGGAGAAUAGGUGUAAAAAUAUUUCCUUUCUUGUUACUUUAUUUUAUUUAUUUAUGACACUCAAAAAGCUAAGAGAGCUUGCGUAACUCGCUGCUCGCACACAUCUUGUAGGGCCUGAGCUAUCGGAUUUUCGCCUCUCGGGGCUGAAGUGGUAUUACAACACAGGACGGGCCAGAGCUAGCAGGUUAGCAUGCUAACUUCAGUAGAUAUCUCUGCAAAACAGUACAUAGACGUAUUUUACAUGACGUCAGAACUGUUACUACUUCACAUUCUGUUGAAUAUCUUCAUUUUGUUAAUGUUUAUACUAAAAUUCUGUCAUUAUCUUACACAUUGUACCUUUUAAAGGUUUAUUACAAAAUAAUUAAAUUAAUAACUAAAGAAAUUAUGAAUGUAUGCUGAUGAUAUGUUUGCAUCCAUAAUUUGCUGGAAUGAGGAAAAUAGGCUGAUAUUUACAAUUACAAAAAUGUUGAUUUUCCAUUUAUAACUAAAACUUAAUUUGUGGAUGUCAGUAUAGGUCAAGUUUUGGGGGUUUGGGCACUUAAUGCAACAGCUAUCAGUGAAUGUUUCCUGUCAUUUUUUUCUUCUCCCAAAACCUGUUAACAUAGGAGUGAAUGAGAAAAGAAACCAGUGAUGUAUGAAAAACCUUCAGUCAGUGUACUUCCUGUGAUGUAGUUAGUUGCCAAGGCAGAUUACAGCUCUUAUUAUAACCGCACAAAAAAAGACACUUUCCCAGAGAUCUGUUGGUUUCUGCACGUGUAUAUCUGUUUUGUUUUUCAUGAAUAAGAUUGUGGUCGUCUCAACAGGCACUAUUUCAAUUUGGUGAUGAUAUAACACAUUCUUACUAAGACUUGAUUUGCAGCAAAGUUAUGUCUAAUUUAGUCAUUUAGUUUAUUUCACUUUUAUAAUGAUAACCGGUAAAUGUUUGAAUGACAUGGGCCUUCUGUCAUCCUUCUGCCUUGUAUUGUUUGUUUUUGUAUGUUUUAAAAUGUAUGUUAAUAAUUUUAAUUGUUAAUAGAAAUCCUGACGUGG